GAACGACUGCCGUGCUGCCUCUGUUGUUGGCGGCCGAGUUCUUCAGCCUGGAGUACUGCAGGAGUCCACUUCAGCCCAGCGUCCCAUGAUUGCCGAUUCUGUGCCACGAUGCGAGUCUUGCUGCUUCCCCUGUUCUCCACAAACAUCAGGUAAAGUCUUUUAUAUUUGUCAAUGCAAGGCUUAUGGCUUUGUUUCUUCAUUGGAUAUGAUGACCUUUUAUUUAUGCUGACUCUCUAUGGAGCUAAAUUUGAGCUUUUUAACUCUGAUUAUCCAAUUACAUAAUUAAAUCCUUUUCCUCUAUCAUUCUUUCAGUCAAUACCAUAAAGUUUUAAUUUUAAUUCCUUGUGCAGCUUACUUUGAGCCUUGACACUUACGAUGCCUUUAGUUUGGAAGUUUUAAGUCUGUGAUGAAACUCUGAUAGGGACAUCUGAUCUCUUUGACGAUUUAUCUGUUUCUGAGCUUAAUUUGCUAGUGAGUUGUCUGUGAUGUUACAUUGAAUUUCUUCACCUGAAUUUAAUGAAGACAUUUGACAUACUGAGCAACAUUGAAGUAUAUUCCAGUUUUACUAGCUUUGAGGCAUCUUUUAACUUAAUUCUACCUUUAUUUGUACAUCUGGUUGAAACUUUCUCAAGUGCUUUGCUGACAAUGAUGAAGGACUUUUUUUCCUUCUGCGGUUUCCACUGGAAGGUUUUUCCUAAUGACAGCUAGAAGCGUCUGAGUUGGCUAAACACUUGUGCUACAGCGUAUUUAUUUUCCAAGCGUUACUUAUCGAUGAUGACUCCCAAUCACGGUCUAUGAGGUAAUGAUUAUUCUUUUCAUGCAUCACCAACUGAGAUACCGUAACACUUCAAGUAAUUUUCCUACCCUGUAAAGAAAUGAUUGGUCAGUGUUGAACUCUUGUCAAAAGUUCACUAAACUUGAUCUUCUGAAGUUUGCAUGGUGAUGAAUAACCCAUCGGAGCCAAUCCCAUGACGUCUCUGAUCUAAAAAAUGAUUUCUGAUUAUGCAACCUAUAAUGCCAUGAUUAUAGCUAUGAUGUUUUUGAAGUAUUUGCUACUGCUGAGUAAUGAUGCGGAAACUUGUCUGAGCUGUAAUCAUGUCUAACUUUGUUAUUAAUACUUUUUUUCCCCCUUUAGCCUUGGUUUAUGUGGAGUAAAUUGCAUGAACUGUCCUGAUUUGUAUGAUCUUAUUACAUUGAAUAAACGUGCUUCUCAUGACAUGUGUACUGGUUCCAUCUCUUUUAACCAUGCCUUCUUCACAUUUUACUGGUGAUUCAGAUGCAUCAGAAUUUUUGAACAGUCACAAAUUUCAAUAGAGAAAUUUUAGGUCACAAUUCUGAACACUGUUUUCUGAUCACAAUUUUGACUCCAAGCCCUGUAUUGUCACUAUUCGUGAAUUUGUAAAGAAAGAUAACAAGGCAAGGCCGACGCCUCCAGCAUGUUGAAUUCGAGUACAAAGUACCGCUUUCUCUGACCCCCUGCCCGUACCCCCUCUCCGCGAGUAUCUUCUCUUCCGCCCCACCCGCGUGGUCUCGCGCUCCAACUCUCGCGGGUCGAGACGUCCCAGCCACACAUGUCCGUUGGCCCCAGGCAGCUCCGGCAGUCGUAAUCAUUACGUGAGUCCGCCAACAUGUUGCGCCCCGUUGUGUUCCUCGCGCUUGCAAGUUUAGCAGUAUGUGCUCAAGCAGGACAAUUGCUGGUGGUUACUGAGGAACCACCACAACCGCCACUGCCCUACAGUUUCUCCUACGCAGCUGGCAGAGCCCCAGGACAUGUGGAUAGGGUGCAUUCAGAGACUAGUGAUGGAACCGGUGUAGUUAGAGGUCAAUAUUCUUAUGUGGACCCACGAUCCAAAGUUCGCACAGUGGACUAUGUGGCUGAUGCUCAUGGAUUCCAUGCCCAGCUAAGUCACCCAGUUCAAGACACUCCAACAGUGGCGGCAGCCAAGCUGAAACACCACGACCUCUUUGCUCGCAUUGCUGCUGACCACGCUCGCAUUGCAGCAGAGAGGGCGCUUCUAAACCCAGAAGAACACGUCCUGGUCGGCAACUAGAAAGCAGAAAACUGUACCCUUGAAAAUACACAUGUACUUUUUUACUUUAAAAUAUUUUUAAACGAUUUGAAUUUUAUGUGGACUGGAUUCAUAGAAAUGUAACGAAGGAUCAAUGAUUAAAGAGAAGGAAAAAAAAAGAA